AUGGGAAAGAAAAAGAACUCCAAGGCAUAUUCGGAAGAAUUAACAGAUACCACCAGGCCGCUACUAGAGUUUAGAUAUGGCAAUCCUCUCUUUGCGAUUGCAUGCCACCCAGAACAGUCAGUUAUCGUUAGCGGUUUAGCAACUGGCCACAUGUUCUGUCAUAAGUACAAUGCAGCAGAGCUAAAAGAAGCACAAUUAAAAAGACUACGGAAGCAUGAUGCCGGUUCUAAAGACGAUAGGAAGAAGUUGUGGGAAGUUGUGGAAGUGCCGGGCGUGGAAACUAGUGGCGUUUCUUUACUCUGGACUACGAAGCGGCAUAAGGGAAGUGUUCGAUGCAUUUGCUUUGAUGCAGAUGGAACACAUAUCUAUUCUGUUGGUACAGAUAAUGUCUUGAAAAAGGCCGAUACAUUAACAGGGAAGGUCGUGAAGAAAUGUGUGCUGGACCCUGGCCAGAACGUCAAAUAUACGAAACUAGUCAAGUCUGCAACACAUCCUUUGGUUUUGUUGGGUGACGAGAAUGGCAAUGUUACUGUACUAAAUAGUGAGUCUCUUGAGCAAACGAACCUAAUCAAAAGCAUUCACAAUGGGGACGCCAUAAAUGACAUUUUCCAUUUCGCAAAGAAAUCUGUCUAUAGAUAUAUUUCUCUCGGCCAGACAACUCUUGCUCAUUGGGAUUCUAGAGAAUCAAAUGAGGGUGAUUUUGCAAUUGCCGCCGAUGAUAAGCAAGCAAAACGGAAAGUUAUUUUGAGCGAUGAUCAAGAGGAUGAGAUAUUAUGUGGCACGUUCGUUGAUCCGGAGGACGGCGAAGUUCUGGUCUGUGGCAUGGGCGAAGGCGUUCUCACCGUCUGGAGGCCUAAAAAGAACGGCCUGGCAGACCAGCUGACUCGUAUAAAAGUAAAAAAGAAUGAAAGUAUAGACUGCAUUGUUCCAACAUUAGAGGACGAUGGCUGUGUUUGGUGCGGAUGUUCUGAUGGCAAUAUAUACAAGGUGCAUGUGAACCGUGGUACAAUUAUUGAGGUUAGGAAACACAGUAAGUUGGAUGAGGUUACCUUCCUGGAUCUGGAUUCUGAGUAUAGACUCCUUUCUGGUGGCUUGGAUAAGGCGAAGUUGUGGGAUUCAGAGAAAAGUGAGCAGCUCACUCCGGGAAGUGAUGCCGAUGACCGUGUAUCUAAUUCAUCACCAAGCGCAGGCAAGUCUUCUGAGAGCGAUUCUAACGACUCUGAGAAUGAUGCUACUAGUUCGGGGGGCUCCUCCGAUGAAGAUAGCUCCUCCGAUGAAUCUGAGCAUUCAGACGCAUCGGACGUAGAGGAAGAGUUAGUGGGGCUAACUCGGGAACAGAUCAUUGCCGAACUGGACAAAGAUUUGGUGGAGGAGUCUGAGGAUGUGGAGGAUGUACGCUCGCAACGUAAAAGAAAGCAUGGUGCCGACCUGCCAACCAAUGCGAAUGGCAAGAAGCAGAAGGGUAAGAAUAUCAAGCCUGAGCGCUCCAUGAAGACGCACGGCAUCCGUAGAUUUGAAGGUUUAUAG